AUGGAUCCGGGAUUGUACAAGGCAGCCAUGGAAGGCGAUAUCAAAGUGCUUAGGGAACACAAGGACCAGCUCUGCCAUCAAUUCACCCGAAGAAGCAACACUGUCCUCCAUGUGGCUGCCCAGUUUCAGGACAACAAAGAAUGUGUCAAAGAAAUGCUGAUUUUGCAGCCAUCUCUACUUAGGAAGGUGAAUUCCAAAGGGGAGACUGCCCUUCAUAUUGCAGCCAAGAGAGGGUGCCGCGAUACAGUCGAGGAGCUUCUUGCUUUUGCGAAAAAGCUAGCCGAUCUUGAGAGCAACGUUGCAGUCACCAAGGAGCUUUUGCGGAUGCCAACGUUGGAGGAGAAAGACACUGCCUUGCACGAGGCUGUUCGCAACAAUCAUCUUGGUGUAGUUGAGUUGUUGCUAGAAGAAGAUCCAGACUUGUCCUAUGCUGCCGCCAACAGUGCUGGAGAGACUCCACUUUACUUGGCUGCCGAGAGGCACUACCAUGAGAUUGUCUCAGCAAUCUUAGGAGGAAGUUGCCGAAAUCAAGCUUAUGGCGGCCCAAAUGGAAGAACAGCCUUGCAUGCCGCGGUGAUUGCUGAGUGCUCAAAUUGUGUGGAAAUGAUACAUGAUAAGAAGCCAGAUUUAAUCAAAAAAGCAGACUCUUGCGGAUGGACACCACUUCAUUUUGCUGCACGAUUUAGCUUCGAUGCACAAGUCAAGCAGCUCCUUAAGAUGGAUAAAUCCACGGCAUACGAUGUAGAUAAAGACGACGAGAUGACACCUCUUCAUUUGACGGCUAAAUGGGGCUCAGCUGUCACGAUGCAAAAGCUUUUAUCCAAGUGCCCAGAUUGCUGGGAGAUUGUCAAUAAGAGGGGUCAAAAUAUUCUUCACAUCGCAAUACAGAGUGAAAAUGCUGGUGUGAUCAAGUUUCUCCUACAAAAUUCACCUCUCAUUAGCAAUCUCCUAAGCGAGAAAGAUCAGGACGGAAACACACCUCUCCAUAUACUCGCUGCUUCCAACUGCGAUAUACCUGAACUCAUAGGACACCCAGCAGCAGAUAAAGGUGCAUUUAACAAGAAAAAUCAUACUCCAAGAGACGUAGCAUCUAUUGAUGCGUGCAGAUCAAAUGAGGCCUACUCCAUCAAAGAAGCAUUAAUCAAAGCAAAUGCCAAGCUGGGUAGCAGAAACAUAGUUUUGGAAGACAAGAACCGGUUUGAAAACUGGAAGAAGGCUCGCUUACCAGACACAAACGGAAUAAAGGAGCAGUCAAGUAAAGGAUUGGAUACCACAAUCAUAGUGGUCGGACUUACAGCCUCUGUAACCUUCGCAGCCGGUUUCACACUCCGAGCUGGCUACGAAGGCCCAAACGAAGUAAUAAGAAGAGCAGCAUUCAAAGCAUUUGUCAUCUUUAACACAGUUGCCGUGACAUUCUCCAUUUGUGCCUUGUUCCUCUUCGUAAUAUCACACUACUACGCGGUGGAGCGUAAGAAAGACAUUCGAGUGGGUUUUGGCUUCUUUUUCACCUUAAUAGCGCUGGGGGCAACGGCGGUUUCUUUCAUCACAGGAAGCUUUGCUGUUUUGGCCACUUCAUUAGGUUUCCGCCUUGUUGUUUGUGUCAUUGGCUGUUUUCCAUUCCUCGUCUACUAUAUUUCACUCCGCAAGUUGUUCCGGGACUACAUUUCCGACCCUACCUGUUGAUAAAUUGCUGGCAGCCAUAUGAUGUCUCUGCAGCUGGAAUUCGUUGGAAUUGUGCUGGAAGUUGUCUGGUGUUUGGUUUCUUUCUUUUUAAUGUUACAGCGCAUCGCUUAGUGGGGUUAGGGGAAGAUUUUUUUUUUUUUUCUUUUUUGCUUGCUUUGAUAGGCCGAUGGAGUUGCGGAAAUUUCCAUGUCUUAGACCAUGCUUUAUGAUUGUUUUGCUUGAUGUUUUGAAGUAAGAAACUAAAUUUUAUAUUGUGAAA